AUGGCGGACUACAACGGAGGCCGGGACUUCCAAAGCCUGAAGCGCGAGGUGGAGCGGAAGCUGGAUCCACGCCCGGUCUGCAGCCUGGAGUCCAAGGAGGCCUGCACGCCGGAGGACCGGGCUAUUUUGGAAGAGAGCGAGAAAAUGUCCAAGGCGGAGAGGGCGGCCAAGUUGAAGGAAGUGCAGCAAGAGAUCCAGGAGGCGAAGAAGCAGCAGCAGGAGCUCGAGAAGAAACAGAAGAAGCUGACGGAAGCCCUGGAGCUCAUCAAGGCCGGUGGGGUCCAAGUGGAGAAGGUGGAGCAGCUCCUGGACGAUGCCGAUUGGCGUGCCCACUGCGAGGGCCGCACCUGCAUCGUGGCCUUCCUACCGCACAUCUAUGACGACGGUGCCGCGGGCCGACGAGAGAAGAUCCAGGUCUUGGAGGAGGUCUUGAAGGACACGAAGAAGGACGGCAAAUCCGUGGGCUUCCUCUGGAGCCAGGGUGGCGACCAGUUCGAGAUGGAGGAGGUGCUGGGUUUGCAGUUUGGUUUCCCGGCGGUGAUGGCCGUCAACUUUGGCAAGGGCCGCUUUGGCGUCCACAGAGGCAUCUUCGACAAAGACUCCAUAUCUCAGUUCCUUACCUCGCUUGCACGUGGAGGCACUCCGCUGGCUCCUUGGCCUGCCCGUGCGGUCGCUGCGAAGGCCGAGGCCUGGGAUGGCAAGGACGCUGCUCCGCCCGAGGAGGACCUCUCUGUCGGCUCGACUCUGCUGGCAGCGCCAGAAGAGGAGCGGAUGCUGUACCUGCAGCAAGUGCUGAACGACAUCCGGAAGGAAUCGAAUCCUCCAAAGUCGUUGCGAGCUGAACACCUCUUCAAGCUGAACGAGGCGGUCUUCAACUUGUCCGAGGAGGACGCGGUGGACGGGCCCUUGGCCGUGAAGCUCUUCCAGGCGGUGGAGCGGAUCCACACUGCCUAUAACACCGGCAAGUAUGACAACCAGGAUUCGAAUUUCUUCUACGACUACUUGGCCCUGCUGGGCACCAUGCAGAAUCAGCACUUCUUCAGCCAGAAGCAGACCGAAAAGAUGCUCGGCUGGAUCAAGGAGGUCGUUGAUGGAAGUGGGAUGUUGGGGGAGUCGACAGACUCGAAGAACCUGGAGGUCGAGAACGAGAAGCUCAGAAAGAAGCUCGCAAAGUACGAGGGAAUGGUUCAGACCCUGAAAAGCAUCGAGACGGAGCCCAAGUCGAAGGCAAAGCCUAAAAAGAAAGAGGCCGAGGUCGAGGAGCCGAAGCCACAAGGUGCCAAGGGGAAGGCCAAGGCCAAGGGCAAGAGCGGCAAGAGUGCUAGCACUGCUAGCAAGUAUGAGUACGAAGAGGAAGAGGAAGAAGAGCCUGUCCUCAAAGGCAAGGGCAAAGGCAAGGGGAAGUCCAAGGGUGCCGAGAGCGGGAAGGAGGGGAAGAGCAAAGAGGGAAAGGGAAAGGGCAAGGAGAAGUCGCCCGCCGAGGAAAAGGGGACCAAGGGGAAUGCGAAAGGCAAAGGAAAAGGGAGGGAGUCCUACGACGACUACGAGCCAGUCGUCAAAGGAAAGGCAAAGGGAAAAGCGGGCAAAGCGGGAAAAGGAAAGUCCAAGGACGACGAGCCUCCGCCCCUUCGGGCCACCAAAGGCAAAGGCAAGGGAAAGGAGGAACCGAAAGGAAAGGGCAAAGCAAAAGGGAAAGGCAAGGGAAAGGGCUACAAAGGCAAGUGA